AUGCCCAAGGCCGCCACGCGCGCGCGCAAGCUGCGCCAGCAGCGCCGCAGCGCCGGCACCGGCAGCGGCGCACGCACGCACACGCCCGCCGCGAGCGGCAGCAGCGGCAGCAGCAGCAGCAACAAGGCCGCAGCAGCAGCCGCGCCGCCCGCCGCAGCCGCGACGGCGCGCGAGGAGCAGGCGUGGCGGCGCGGCGUGCUGAGCCGCAGGGAGCACAUGCCGCCCGAACUGCUCAAGUACUGGAAGGCGCGCCACUCGCUCUUCUCGCGCUUCGCACACGACGACGACGCAGACGGCGACGGCGCCGAGGGCGAGGGCGAGGGCGGCGGAAUCAUGCUUGAUGCGCAGAGCUGGUACAGCGUGACGCCCGAGGCGAUUGCCGUGCGCAUCGCACAUCGCUUCCGCGCCGGCCUGGCGCAGCGGGCGCCGCGCGACAUGGGCAAGGGCAAGGGCAGGGCACCGGCGCAGGAGGAGGAGGAGGAGGGCGCAGACGCACAAGGGCCACCACACGUGCUAGAUGCGUUCGCGGGCGCGGGAGGCAAUGCCAUUGCCUUUGCCCGCGCAGGCUGCACCGUGACGGCGCUGGACAUCGACGGCGACAAGCUCCGCAUGCUCAUGCACAACGCCGCACUGUAUGGCGCCGCCGUGGCGGCGCGCAUCACGCCCGUCUGCGGCGACUUCUUUGAGCAUGCGCAGCGUGCCGAGCUUGCCGACUCGUACGAUGCUGUCUUUCUCUCUCCGCCCUGGGGCGGCGUCGACUACCUCGCCGCCACGGCCGCCUCGGGCGGCUACGACUACUUCCCGCUGCGUGCGCUGUGCGAGCCGCACGGCUGUGCCGGCAUGGUGCGCGCCGCGCGGCGCCUCUGCAGCGGCACGGCCGGCAAUGUGGCGCUCUUCCUGCCGCGCAGCGCCGCGCUCGCCGACAUUGCCGCCCUUGCGCAGCCGGCGGGCGACGAGGCGACGAGGAGACUCGUCGAUGUCGAGGAGGCGUGGAUGGGACACAAGCUCAAGGCGCUCGUGGCGUACAUGGGCGACCUAGCGCAGUGGGAAGAGGAGUGGCAGGCCGGCUGGGGCUGGGAGUAA